AUGGAGUCCACCAUUACAGUGACUACCACCAAAAAAAACGCCACGUUGCUACAGACACGCCCACCAGAAUCAUGCCUGCGAGGAAGGCAAAAAUCGAAAUCAAGGUUACCGACGGAACUGAUGUCAUAA